UCAUCUGUGUGUGUUGUCUUUAUUGGGAUAUUAGUGCACAGAGUAAUCUUUCAGGAAACUCAGACUGUUUCAAUAAUGCUUUGGAUACUUUUAAUCCUUCUUAUAAAUAUGUGUAAGUUCAUUUAAAAUAUUAUUAUUUGAAGAUUUAUUAAGUUAUGACUUAGUGCACAGACAAAUCUUGCAAGAAACUCAUACUGUUUGGAUAAUGCUUUGGAUACUUAUAAUCCCUUUCAUGCACAUGUACAAAGCACAUGAUGUUAUUCAAUUAAAUCGAGUAACAGAAGCUGCACCUGGAGAUACAGUGACUUUAGAUUGCUUUUUCCCUGAGGCUUUCAAAACCGAUCCACUGUCCUGGUACAAACAAACACUGGGACAAAAGCCUUUUUUAGUGGCUAGGUCUUCUAGAGCCACUAUAUCUUGGAGUCCUUUGUUUUCUGAAGACUUUCAAAAUGGACGGAUGAACAUACAGCGGUCUGAUGGAGUAUUUUAUUUGACCAUCACAAACGUCACAUCAUCUGAUGAAGCAACAUAUUACUGUACAUUGACAAUGCAGUUAGACCAUACAUUUGGAAAUGGAACGUUUUUGGCUCUCAAAGGACACAGACAGUUUAACCUCAGCUUUAAAGACGAUAGAGCAUUCAUCUGCGCAGUGGCCAACUGUGGAAAAAUGAACACUGAAAAGAAAACAGUUUUGAACACAGAAAAAGCUGUGGUUCCUGUUGUUUAUGGGUUGGCUGCUGUGUUGGGACUGUGUUUUGUGCUCAUAUGUUACCUGGUCAGUGUAAUUUACCAUUACAGGAAACACAAACAUGACAAAGAAGUGAAGUCUCAGCAAGUUCACACAGACAGGUCCUCCAGAGAUCCAUCAAGUGGGCAGGAUGCUGAAGAACUGGUCAACUAUGCUGCCUUGCACUUCUCUGAUAAGAAACUGAAAAGAGGAAAGAAGAAAAGAGACCUGCCACAAGAGAGCAUAUACUCCGAUGUCAGAGGUUAAGGAAUGUGUCAGGGCGCUUUCAGAUGACAAGUGGACCAUCCUCUUUGUCCCGCAUCCUUCCGCCCUGUCUCUGAAAGACAACAAGCUGUCCAAAGUCAUUUAAGCAAGAUUUCACCACGGUGAGGUAACCAUAGGAACAUCUCAGUAAUCAAACGACUUUUGGAUAACCAACAUGCUUUUAUCCUCUAAUGAAUUAGAAUAAAUGACAAAGAAAAUCUCAUCAUUUCUGCAUUUUUUUUACCCUACAUUGCUUUUGAACGAAGUUGGUUCUCAGAGGCUACGUAGCCUUAUAUCAAACCAUGCACAUUUAUCAUUACGUUUAAUAAACACAUACAAAAAUGCUAAGAAAUGUGUUAGGGCGCUUUCAGUUGAAAA